AUGAAUCAACCUACGGACGAAAAGUCAAUAUUUACAAUUUUGGUAUUAUUGGAUGGUAUUUCAGUUCCAAUUUUCGAGCUUCCUAAAUGUUUAAAUCAAGUUAUCUAUGCCAAGCACUGUUUGGAUAGAUUGAAUAAUUUGUUUUCCAAUCUUUGUAAUAGGUUUGAUUCUGAGAAAAUUUCUCCAGCUGAAUCUCUAGCUCAGAACAAGUUAAUUGAAGUUCAUACUGGAACUAAAUUGAAAACUCAGGGAAAGACGCAGAUCGUUUCACUAAUUACAGAAUUUAUCAUCAACUCGGGUGAAUGGACUGCACUAAGAGGAAAGAGUGGUUCUGGAAAGACAUCCUUCAUUUUCUCAGUGUUAGACUCGUAUCAACAACAUGGUGAUGGAAUUAUUCGAAUGGCUAAUGAUUUAAAGAUUAUCUACACACCACAAGAUCCAUUCAUUGUGAAUGGUACAAUACUGGAAAAUAUUACUUUUGGAUUACCUUUGGAUGAGGAAAUUUAUAAUAGAGUCCUCAAAGAAUCCCAAUUAGUUUUUGAUUUGGAUCAAUGGUGUACUGUUCUAGGAGAUGAGGAGGCAAAUCAAAAAGUAUGUGGCUACUUUGGUAACAAUAUUUCUGGUGGACAGAAAGUGAGAGUCAAUCUGGCAAGAGGCCUCUACAAGUUCUACUAUUCUAAAAAAACUGAACCCCAAGACUGUAAAUACUUGCUGAUUUUUGAUGAGAUUUUCAAUCCAUUGGAUCCUACUGUAACUACAGUGAUUAUGGAAUCAUUUAGGAGAAAAUUGAAGAAUUUGAGUGAUACCUCUGUUCUAUUUUCCAUAAGUGACUCAAGAUAUGAUUCCUAUUUGGACAGAGUCUAUGAUAUUGUCGAAGGAAACAUUAGUGAGGGCAUCUUGAAUGCACACCAUGAAGAUCUCACUGAAAGAGAAUUUUCCUCUCCAAAAAAAGAGAAACGCUUUGUAAGAGUAUCAAGUAAUUUAUCAGAAUUAUCUACUCAAUCACAAUCUGAAGAUGGUAUACAAGAGAGAAUGUUUUCACCAUUUGAAAUUGCCAAAUUCUAUCUCACCUCAAAAAGUAGUAUUUACACACUUGGUCCAACGUUAUUUUUUUUAAUAGUUUCACAAAUUUUCAAAUCCUCUACCAAUUCCCUGUUUGGAUUUUUCAAUGAUUAUCUAUAUUUAUUUGUUUUACUUGGAUGUUUGAGGGUGGUUGUGGAAUUAUGCCUUGGAUACUUUUGGGGAAUUAAAUGCUACAAAACCAGUAGCAUGAUUCACAAUCAUGCUCUCAAUAAGGUUAUGCACGUUCCACUGAGCUAUUUUGUAAAUUCGAGCUCUAAUCAUUCAGAAAAGAAAGAUAGAUAUGGAGAUGUUAUUGAAAGAUUUUCAACCAAUAUGAACACACUUGACAGAUCGAUACCAUGGCUUUUGAAGGAGGCUUCUCAGAAAUGGUUAGAGUGUUUGGGUUCUCUCAUCACAUUGCUCUUGUACAUUGCUGGGGCCAGUUUUUGGGUGGUUUUAUUUUCACUUAUUAUUACAAUAGUAAUUAUUGUUGAGUCGAGAAGAUAUUAUCAUCUCUACUCGAAAACAAAAGAUGAAUUGUCCCUCAUACUUUCUGAUAAGAGAGCAUUAAUGUCUCAAUUGUUUAUGGAGUCCACUCAUCCAACAGCUCUCAUCAUGAUUCAGAGCUAUAAUCAAGUCGAUUAUUUUAAUAGGAAAUUCAGACAGUCAGUUUCCAGCACAUUGAACGUAUCAUAUGCCUUUAACACUUGCACUGAUUGGAUUGGUGUAAGAUUGGAGUGUUUAAUUUCUCUACUAUUAUUCAUACCAUUCAUGUAUUUGGUACAAGCUGUUUGUGAGGAUAGCUGUCAAGACGCGAACAAGCAGAACUUGCAUUAUGCAGGUAUUUUGCUCACAACUUGUAUUGAAUUUUUCAAUAGAUUUUUAUGGACACUUGUGGUUUCAACAAGAGUCGAAUCUGAACUACCAUUCAUUGGUAAAAUUAUCAGCUAUAUUCAUUUGAAAACAGAGGAUGAGGAGCAACACAGUGAAAAAGUCAUGCCCUCUUCAGCUACUUGUCAAUCUUUGGAAUUGGAAUCUGUAUCGUGUAAAAAUAUCCUGAAUAGUGUCUCUUUCAGGAUUAACCCAUGUGAAAUGACUGGUAUUAUUGGAAGAACUGGAUCAGGGAAGAGUUUUGCACUCUCAUGCAUUCACAGAUAUUGGUAUCCUAUUGAGGGAUCCAUUUACCUUGAUGGAAGAGAUAUUUUCAAUUACGAUACAGAUACUUACAGAAAUUGUGUUUCAAUGAUCCCUCAAGAUACAAGUUUCAUGAUUGGAUCAACACUGAGGGAACAUUUCGAUGAGAAUAAUUAUUUUACCGAUAAUGAAAUAUUGGAAGAGAUUGAAAAAUUCCAAAUUGUCACAUCAAGUAUCAAUCUCAAUAAGAUAAUUAAUAAGGAAGAGGAUUUGAAAAUUGAAAAACCAAUAAUUUACGUUAUCAGAGCUAUUCUCCUUGUAUCUAAACUUUCUCUCGAACAUUCCAAGAGACCCAAGAUUUUACUUUUAGAUGAAAUUACCUCAAACUUGGACAAUCAAAACACACAAAAUAUUGUUGAUAGUGUCAAGAGAAUGAAUAGAGAAUAUGGGUUAACAGUUGUGUGGGUAACACAUCAAUUGAGUUGUUUGAAAGCUUGUGAUAAUUUACUUUGUUUUGAUUCUGGAAGAGUGAUUGAAGAAGGAAAAGUGGAACAAUUAUUGAAUAAUCCAAUAUCGAAUAGUUAUUCCUUGUUCAGAAUGAAUAAUUACAAUACUAAUAAUACAAAUUAAUCUGAGGAGGAAUCACUUAAAUCCGAAUCAUCUGAAAUAUCUGAGAAGGUUUCUUGCUUUUUUCUCGUGUGCUUGAGCUUAGUAGCAGAGGAAUGAUUUAAGAGUUUUCUAUUACCUUGAUUAUUACUGUUAGUUGAUUUCUUUGACUUUCGGAAGAGUUUCAAUCGAGUGAUAAACUUUUGGGCCAAUUUGGAGUUUUUC